GCUCGCAGGCAGUAAGGAAAAAUGUUGAAACAAUCAAUAUUUAUGAAAAUAUUGGCAUUUCUCUUGCUCUGUUGCUGGCUGGGACACGUCACCUGCCAAUCUGGCUAUGAUCGGGAGCUGGAAAUUGGCCAGAGGGAAGGUCCGCCGGAAAAGCAGGAAAUUCCAGUUGGAGAUAUUGCCCAGGGAAACUGGGACUUUGAAGGACUUCUUUAUAAUUAAAUUAAGCACUUGGCUGUCUUUACA